AUGAGCUGGAUUAAGAAAGCCAGUAUUCUCAAGUUGGCCUCAAGGAAGCCACGAACCGUUCUCUCCAAAUCCAGAAGUCCAUCCCUCGAUGGGAACGCGUCGGAUAAUGAAGAUAUUGAAGAUAUUCGUCGCAAUUUGGCUGUCCCAAGAGAUGUGAAGGAGGGCCAUGUUGCAGUGAUGGCUGUCGGCGGUGAACAUCAUAGGAGAUUCAUUGUGCCACUGAGCUAUCUCGCUCAUCCGGCGUUCCUGAGGCUUUUAGAUCAGGCCGAAGAGGAGUUUGGAUUGAGUCAGGGAGGGACUCUUACUCUGCCCUGUCGACCUAGCGAGAUUGAGAGAGUACUAAAAGGAAAAUGCUGA